AUGUCUUCAGCCGAAUCCUCAGCUCAAAAAUCUACAGCUAAUGGGCCCUUUAUCAAACACCUUACAAAAGCUAGAGUGAUUUCCGUCUGCUCCCCUGCUGCAACAGCUCAGCCGUCACAAUCAAGUCCAGAGAAAACAAAUCAACCGCACAAGAAUCCGCGCCAUGAAACCUCCUCCUCCUCCUCCACCUCUCUAUGGUCAGCUCCAUCAGCAGCAGCGUUUGUUAUAGCCAACAAUGAAGAUCUGUUGACUCAGAUUUUACUUUAUUUACCCCCAAAAUCACUCCUUCGCUUCCAGUGUGUCUCGAAAGGAUGGCUCUCUAUCAUUUCCAGCCCCUCUUUCCGCAGUUUACAUUCGCGAGUUUAUCCCACCACCACCAGCAGUUCCGCCGCCACAAAAGGCCUCUUUUUGUUCCGCCGCCGGACGUGGACGGAUAUCCCCGAUCUCAAUUUCAUCUCUUUCUCCGACGAUUAUGUUAAUUCCAUGGGUAACAUCGUUUGCCACUUGAGUAAUUAUGGCAAGUUCACUGAUAUACAUUCAUGCAAUGGCCUUUUAGCUCUUGCAUUUAUGUUAGAUGACUAUGCUAGGGAAUUCGUUGUGUGUAACCCGACUACUCGACAGCAUAGGCUUGUUCCGCGGCUCGAUUUUCAGGAAGGAGGCCGCGAAUUUCUGGCUCUGAAUAUCGUGUUUGAUCCUCUAAAAUCUGAACAUUACAAAUUAGUUUGUGCAUGGUGCGAACAAGAAAUGAUCACGAAUAAUUUUGGACAGUUGGUGCCUAGUGACUUUCAUGGUUUUUCUGUGUAUGCAUCCGAAAAGGGGAGUUGGAGGGACAGUGAGGAUAUACUAGAGAUGGAAGAUUUAUAUUUACCUAAUUAUUUUAGGAACGGGGUGCUGUGGAAUGGUAAUUUUCACUGGGUUAGUGAUUUUGAGUAUAGUUUAUGCUUUGAUCCAGAUAAAGAGUUCUUUAACUUGACAAUGCCUCUAGCCCGAUGGUAUUUUUGGUCCUUUGGGGAGUCUGGUGGGUGUUUGUAUGGCAUUGAGAUAAAUGACCCUGAAGCAAUGUUGUUUGAUAUUUUUGAGAUGGCAAGGGACUAUUCUCAAUGGGUUUUGAAGUGUCAUGUGGAUCUUACUCCUGUGACUACUUUAUAUCCAUCAAUGAUUGAUGCAGACUGUAAUCCCGCAACCGAUUUUAGAUGUAAUUUUCAUAUACUUUAUUUUCUUGAGGAUGAGAAAGAGAACAGAAUGAGGCUGCUGAUAUCUCUCUGUGGCAAGAUAAUAUUGUAUGACAUCAACGAUAAGAUUGUCAAGGAGCUUGCUGAAGUAGUGCCCAAGGAUACUGAUGGUGACUGGUGGGAUAGUUGUUUUCGUUGGAGGGACACCUACAGACACAUGGAGACACUUGCUACUCUUUAA